AUGAACGAAGAAGUAAAUUUUGAUUUUUCUCUCCUCGAAUCCGUUAACAACUAUCUUGUUGAUAAUCAUUUCCUAUCUGGUUUUCUUCAUUCCGAUUCUAACGAUUUCAGUAUUCCGACCAUAUCUGAAGAAUCUUCCAUUAAUAUUGCCGCGGAAAUAUCUUCCAUUUUUGCAGCCAACUCUAGCUCAGGUAAGGUAUGUAGCCGAAGUUCCAGUUUUCUAAUUGAUGAUACAAUCGGGCCUUUGCCAAAUUUCGAUGACUUUGAGAUCCUAACUUCUUCCGAUAUCUUUCCGGCCCCGAGUUCUUCCACUAGUGGUAAUGAGAUUCCCGAUAUUUCAGCAGAUAUUCCGGCUGUGGGAAGUGAUCUUUCUGGUACCUGUUUACCUCCAAUGGAGGAAUCAGCUCUAUGCAUGACGUUAAACUGGGACUUCACGACAGGAAACGUGGUCGCGUUUGGCGAGAAGAUUUUCUCCGGUGAGGAGAACCACCAAUCACCACCAUGUGUAAACGAGUAUAAUUCUGACGGUGUGAAGAAUUUUGAAGCUCCGCCAAUAGCAUCACUUCAUGAAAGGAGGUACAGAGGAGUGAGACGGCGGCCGUGGGGGAAGUUCACGGCAGAGAUGAGGAAUCCGGAGAAGAAAGGGUCAAGAUUAUGGCUUGGGACGUACGAGACACCGGAGGAAGCAGCCAUGGCGUACGAUCGAGCUGCAUUUAAGCACCGUGGCUCUCAUGCUUUGCUGAACUUCCCGCAUUUAACCCAAUCACACAAUGAAAAUCCACAAAGAUAUAUCACAAAAAAACGAUCAUCGUCAUCUACAUCUUCAUCGUCGUUAGAUUUUACAACAAAAAGCAAUCUUAAGAAAAGUAAAAGUUUGGGCGUAUGA